AUGAAGGACUGCGAGUACCGGCAGAUCCCGCCGGGGGCGGCCGCGCCGGGCCGGGCCGCCUCGCCGCCGCCCGCUCCCGGGCCGCCGCCCGCCGCCCGCCGGCCCCGCCGGAAAUGGGAGGUGUUCCCGGGCCGCAACCGCUUCUACUGCGGCGGCCGCCUCAUGCUGGCGCGGCACAGCGGCGUCUUCGCCCUCACGCUCGGCCUCAUCCUGGCCACCAGCGGCCUCUUCUUCGCCUUCGACUGCCCCUUCCUUGCAAGUCAUCUGACCCUGGCCAUCCCCAUCAUUGCAGCUGUCCUCUUCUUCUUUGUCAUCAGUUGUCUGCUCCAGACAAGCUUCAGAGAUCCAGGUAUCCUGCCUCGAGCCACCCCAAGUGAAGCUGCAGACCUGGAAAAGCGAAUCGAUAGCAUGGGUACCUCUACCUAUCGCCCGCCAGCCCGCACGAUGGAAGUGGUCAUAAACAAGUACGUGGUGAAACUAAAGUACUGCUACACCUGCAAAAUGUUCCGCCCUCCUCGAACCUCUCACUGCAGUGUCUGCGACAACUGUGUCGAGAGGUUUGAUCACCACUGCCCCUGGGUGGGCAACUGUGUGGGGAAGCGCAACUAUCGCUACUUCUAUGCCUUCAUCCUCUCCCUCUCCUUCCUGACAGCCUUCAUCUUUGCUUGUGUUGUCACCCACCUCACUCUGCGCUCUCAGAGAGAUGGAUUCCUCACCACUCUGAAGACAACACCUGCAAGUGUACUGGAGCUGGUGAUUUGUUUUUUCUCAGUCUGGUCUAUUUUGGGCCUCUCAGGUUUUCACACUUAUUUAGUUGCCUCCAACUUGACAACGAACGAAGAUAUCAAAGGAUCCUGGUCAAAUAAGAGAGGCUCAGAGUUUGCUAAUCCUUACAGCCAUAAAAGUAUCCUCACAAACUGCUGUGCAGUGCUGUGUGGACCAUUCCAUCCCAGUUUGAUAGACAGAAGAGGAUUUAUUCAGCCAGAGGUCGGGACCCCGUCCAGUCCUAAAAAUGAAAUCCCCUCCUUUGGAGCCAAAACCGACACCAGCAUGAGCGUAACAGCGUGCAAGAACCUCAGACUCGAGCAGAAAGCAGGGGAUCCUCACUGUACCUGGGAAGCAAAUAGGUCUGGAGAGCUACCAGACCUCUGACCUCUGCUCCAGAGAGUCGCUGUGUUUACUGCAAGGAGUAACGAGGUGGGCCAAGGAGGGGAGGUGGACACUGGCAGCAGUUCACGCUCUGAGCUGUACUGUCAAGCCUCAUCUUUUGGACUGACAGAGGUGGAAGUUGCCUGGUAUUUCUGAUAUCUCCAUGAAUGCUGCCGCCUCCUCUGUGCCAAUGUGGAGGGGUUUUAUGUCUUAAUGGUUGGAUACUCAGCCUGCUGCAGGAGCAGCUUUUUUCCUUUCUUUCUUUUUUUUUUUUUCCUGGAAGCUGCUGUGCCUUGAUAAAUUGUGGUGUUUUCCUGGGAGGGCUCCCUGGUUCCCAGCAGAUGUGGAAGCUGGCUAGAUGUCCCGGCUGUCAAUUGAUUCUGUUUACUGUCUGGUUGCUGAGGAGUACUAAAGAGCUCUGAGUGUUUCGGCUCUUUCAGCCAGUAAGAGCGUGUUUUGCAGCAAGGACACAAGUUAGGAAGAACCUCGUCUUCCUGGGGAAAAGGCAAAACGUGCAGUGUUCUGCAGCUCUCAUGGUGAGAUGCUGCUUGGAAAGGGACGGUUGUAGGAUUUGAUCUCAGCUUGCCAGGAAAGCCUGGCUGCAUCCUGUCUGUAGGACACUUAAAGGCAAUAGAAGAGUAGGUGAAUUUUGAGGGUCACAUCCUUCCUAGCUGGAGUUACACAGAGGAAGCAGUGAGUGGGUGCUGGUCUCUGAUAACCUCACGUUGUGCUCUUGGUUUGGGUUUCUGGCCAACAGACUAGAGCAGGACUGUCCACAGCACCGCAGGAACGAUUCCUGCACGUGUCUCAGCAUGUCCUGAGCAGCCCUCGUGCCUGCAGAGGCAGCCGGGAGAGCUGGGCUGGGCAGCCAACUCUGCAGGUUACUAACACUGGAGUGUGCGUAGAGGAGUCACAGACCUUGUUAGCAAUACUUGAAUUGCGUUAUUAAAAGCUGCUGGAUAUUUUUGCACAUUUUGUAGAUUUUUUUUUCUAUGUAGAACAUUUUAUAUUCGGUGUAGAUAGUGCUGUGCAUGUUAGCACCAGGGCAGAGACUUGCCGUGUUUUGUGUCAAGCUAACUGGUUAGGUUUCCGUGGGUCACACGCAUAGAUUUCAACCUCAGGUAGAGUCAGCACAUCUGUGGGGGUGGCCUGUCCCCACUGAAUUGGCCAGCGUUGUGCUUUACGCACCGUGAGUGACGGAGCCAGCCCGUGGGCCGCAGGGAGCUGCCCCUGCUAGCGCAGGCGGAGGGGAGCGAGGUUUUUGGUGCUGCUUCGGGGUGUGCUGGGGGGGGACCGCAGGGCAGCAGCCUUGAGCUCAGUUCUCAGAGCUCCCUCCCAAACACUGGCACUCGUUGCAACCCAGUUUGGUUGUCAGUUGUGGGAUGUUACAGACAUCCUCAGCCCUAACAUCAAAAGAGCCCCUUUGCCUUCUUCCCUUACCUCUCUGGGCAUGGGAUGUGGAAAAGCAAAUUCCUGGGCUGCUUUUCCUUUAAGAGUGGAUUAAUGUUUUGCUUCUCGCACCUUGGAAAGGUUCCUCUUGCCUUAUGUUUCUGGCUUCCUGCGUGGAGAUCGUGGUGUUUGUUUGCUGUGACCCCUAGCUCAAACGUUCCCUCUGCGAAGAGCGAGAGCUGCAGCCUGACAGCUUCCCGUCGCCGCGAGAGGGCAGGGCGACUCGCGCGGGAUACGCUGACACCCACCUGGUUUACUCCCGGUGGCCACUCCAAAGUCGGAGGGUUUCCACCGGCCGUUGCUUAGCUGUGUGCUGCGAUCCUGCGCUCUCUGUGCAGGUACCUCCGGGUGGCUUUGCCGCCCUGGAGCCUCUUUGGCCUGCUCCUUGUCAAGAAGGCAAGGUGAGAGUGUGGCAGCUGCUGAACUUCUCCCGGAUCCCGGCAGAUGGCCCUCGCUGCCCGGGGCUGAGCGCUCCGUGAAGCUCCCGGUGCUGCUCUGCCAGCCGGGCCCAGCUGGCCCCCGAGCUUUGUGCCAUCUCCGGCCCCCGUUCACCGGCCAGGCCACCUUAGUGUGACAGCGUAAAAGCCAGUGUGGCAUCUGGAGAGGAAGUGAGCUGGCUACUAUGCCCUAAUGUCCCUGCUUCUCCUGCCCUGAUGCUUCCAGAGGGGUUUGUCUUCAAGGAGCCUCAAUGCUACCUUCUAGCGGCAGGCUUGGGGAUAGGGCAGGAGAGCCAAGCUUGCGUGGAGAGGGGCUGGUGCUCCGGGAGCGAGGAGCUGAGACUGCCCGAGGCUGGGGAGGGCAGUGCGUGGGGGUGCUAUCGGGGGCCAGACACCUUCCUGCUUUUAUUUAAACCGGUUUCUUUUGUUACUCGGCAUAAUAAAAUUAUAUUUUUAAAGAGUUAA